AUGUAUCUAUCUAUCUAUCUAUCUAUCUAUCUGUCUGUCUGUCUGUCUGUAUGCAUGUCCCAGUCUAUUAGUAUCUAUCAAUCUCUCCUAAUGUCAUCUAUAUAUCCAUCUCUGUUAAUAUCUAUAUAUCUAUCUAUUUCGAUCUUUUCACUAUCUAUCUAUCUAUCUAUCUAUCUAUCUAUCUAUCUAUCUAUGUUUGUUCAAAACUAUUUAUCUUCCUUAGUCUGCAUAGAUAGAAGUAUCUCAAUCUGUUCAUCUCUGUUUAUCUAUCUAUCUAUCUAUCUAUCUAUCUAUCUAUCUAUCUAUCUAUCUAUCUAUCUAUCUAUCUAUCUAUUCUUCGUUUGUGUCAAUCCAUCUAUCUAUCUAGCUAUCUCUGUCUCUCUUACUGUAUCUUUCUUUCCCUCACCAUCUUUUUUGCUCUUUCCCUCUCUGUAUCUAUCUAUCUUUCUGUCAUUUUUAUUUCUCAUUUCUUUCUUAAUUCACUAUUUCCAUUUCUCUGUUACAUUUUUUCUCUAUCUCUCUCUUAUUUUAUCCAUUUUCUUUUCUUUUCUUUUUUUUUUUGGCUCCUUUCUCUUUUCUUACGUUUUUCUCUAUUUUUAUUUCUUUCUUUCCAUCUCUGUUUCUCACUAUCCCGCCCCUUUUACUAUUCUUUGUCCUCCUCUUUCUCAUUUCCCCUUUUUUUAUUUAUUUUUCUUCCUUCUCUCUCUCUCUCUCUCUUUUUCUCUCUCUCUCUUCAAUUUCUCUAUCUAUCUCUCUUUCUCUCUUUCGGUCUUUCCUUUUCUAUUUUCUCCCUUCCAUCUUUUUCUUUCUUUAUCUUUCUAUCUCCGUCACCUUUUCUCUACUUUAAUUCUUUUUUUUAUUUUUGCCCCCUUUCUCCCCUCUUGCUAUUUAUUUCUCCCUCUCGCUCUCUCUUCCGUUACCCUUAAUUUUUCUCUUCCUAUUUCUCUUUUGUCUCUUUUUCUUUCUUUACUUACUUCUCUUUUUAUCCCCUUUCUCUCUCUCUCUCUCUCUCUCUCUCUCUCUCUCUCUCUCCUCUCUCUCCUUCUCUCUCUAAAUCUCUAA